UCUCUCUUCCCCCUCUGCCUUUGCCAGUCACUCUCUCUAUUUCUCUCUCUCUCUACCAGGACCACGGCGUUUUUUUACCAGGAAUGGUUAAAACCAGGGCAGGAAUAAUAUGCAAUUAUCGGUACCAACGCCAAUAUUGCAGCAGCAUCUCCAACUCGAGCGGCCCCCCGCCCAGGCUAGCGGGGGCUCUCCUCACGCCAGCUCGACUUCCCCACAGCCAGUCACUGUUUGUUGACCCGCAAAUCCUCCCUUUCUCCAAGACCCCUCACCUUCGCUCGCAGAGUAAACCACCGAAUAUCGUUCUCAAACUAUGGCAGCAGCAAAGCUAAUUGACCGCCGUCUCCGCAAUGUCCCUGGCAGGCUUCGCGUAGCAGAGCUGUUCUUUGACGUUCCUAUCAACUACAGCCGGCCGAACGACGGUACUAUUCGACUUUUUGCUCGGAGUGUGCGUCGCCAGGCCUCCUUUCCCGACACAGAGAGUAACGAGAAGCCUCUACCAUGGUUUUUGUUCUUGCAGGGGGGCCCGGGUUAUGGAUGCCGGCCACCUCAAGAGAUGGGGUUUGUUCCAAUCGUUCUCGAUAAAGGCUAUCAGAUUCUCUUCUUAGACCAACGUGGCACUGGUCUCAGCUCUACGAUCUCGGGUCAGACUCUUGCCCGCCAAGGCAACGCCGUCAAACAGGCAGAGUAUCUGAAACAUUUCCGUGCAGACAACAUUGUGCGAGACUGUGAGGCUGUUCGCAAAUGUCUGACUGCAGACUACCCCGAGGAAUACCAGAAGUGGUCUCUUCUGGGGCAAAGCUUUGGCGGCUUUUGUUCCACGACGUACCUUUCAAACUUUCCAGAAAGUCUGAGAGAAGUCUUCCUCACUGGGGGUCUCCCUCCACUCGUGAACGGCCCUGAUCCAGUCUACGAGAAAACAUAUCAGAAGGUUGUUGAACGGAAUGAAGUCUACUAUGAAAAAUAUCCAGAUGAUGUGGCUCGGGUGAAGAAGAUACAUCAAUAUCUGAGACAAAAUAAGCCACGUCUUCCGUCGGGUGUGCUUACCCCAGAACGUUUCCAACAGCUGGGCAUCAAUUUUGGUGGUCAAGGUGGCUUGGAUUGUAUACAUGACAUUGUCUUGCGAGUCACAAAUGACCUUGAUUUGUUUGGCUUUUUGACACGCCCGACUCUAUCCCUGAUUGAGAGCUAUGGGGGAUAUGACAAUGCUAUCCUUUAUGCCAUCUUGCACGAAUCUAUCUAUUGCCAGGGCCAAUCUUCAAACUGGUCUGCCGAUAGACUGCGCUUGAAAAAUCCUCUGUUUCAAAUCGACAAGAACGAGUCACAGGUGUAUUUCACUGGUGAAAUGAUUUACCGAGACAUGUUUGAUUCUUAUGAUGAACUGAAGGAGCUGAAAGAUGUGGCAGAAAUUCUAGCCACAUCAGAUGACUGGCCAGCUUUGUACGACGAGGCUCAGCUAGCAAAGAAUCAGGUCCCAGUCUAUGCAGCUACCUAUGUAGACGAUAUGUACGUCCAUUACGACAUGGCAACUGCGACGGCAAAGAAAAUCAAGGGCACCAAGCAAUUUAUCACGAAUACUAUGUAUCAUGGAGCGUUACGUGAGAGGACAGAUGAGGUUCUGCGUCAACUUUUCUUCCUGAAAGAAGAUUCCAUUGACUAGUUGCGGUUAAGAAGACCCCGGCGCUAUUAUGUCAUAGUAGAAUU